AUGACUUGGUUAAACCAGAAGGCUGAGCCUGACGAGGACGACAAAAAGUUACUGAGAUAUUCGGCAACUGAAAAUGAUUUAUUCAGGAUUAACAAACAUGACCGGGGAUGUAAAGGCUGUUUUCUUAAUGGUGGAGAACGUUGCAGCGAGUUGUUACACCUAAAAGCUGAUGAUAAUUGGGAAAAAUGGACCCAUAAAACAGAAGGGUUAUCAGCUACAUCUUCAUAUCCAGACGAAGUGGAUGAUGGCCCAACAGGCCAAAGCACAGAGAUUUUUAGUAGUAUUAAUUUGAUUAUGGGCGGAAGGACAUCCUCUCUAUCUACUAUGCCCUUUUCGGAGAUCAUCUUAACGAAACUGAUGAGCAAAUGGAAAAUUCACAGGUCGAUCAUACGUGCAAUCAAUAGAAACACAAGCUGCACCUUCUCAAGGAUGAUAUUGGAAGUUAAGAAAUCAAGCCCUCGCUCAAUAGUCUAUACAUGUAGAACAGCUGAAAGCUGGGACGACGAUAUGGCCUUAUCUGUAACAUUCUUUCCAGAUACCUUGAUCACAAAUGCUAUCUGGUUCGGUUGCAACUUGAAGAAGCAUUUAAUUGAUGGCCAUGAACUGACAGAUUCCGCGAUUAUUACAAGCAGACUGAGCGAAUUUGAUGGAGAGGUCUUUCAUCCUAUGAUGUUGCCCACUAUAUUUGCAGAAUUUGAGAGGGACAGGCAUGUUAACCUCGUGCGCAAAAGUAAUACUCAGUUCGUACAAAGGAUGAUCGAUAUUGAAUCGCGAAACGAUACGUUCUAUGGGAUGCAACAAACCAGUCGGGAAAUUCGGCAGUCAAUAGAAAAAGACUAUCCAUCGUCGAGGGCAAGCACAUUCUUUAACGAUAUGAAGGGAAGAGUUGGAACUUUUCUAUCGGGCAAAACCCUAUCCACACCAUCAACAUUUAAUACCUUAGAAAAGUCGGACACUUUGCAGAACGAGAGCGACUCUGGUAUCGAAGAAGAUGUUGAAACAUGCGCAAUGCUUUGGAUUAAAAUUAGCCAUCUCAAAAACGGCCUGGAAAACUGGAAAACACAACUACGCAAGAUGUUUGACCACACUCAAGAGCUCGAAGAUAUAAACUUUGUCCCAACUAAAGUCUGGACUAGUAGACGAGACAGAUUGAAGGAAUGCGGUAAACGAAUCAAGGAAAGACUACGCGAUUUGAUUGAUGAAUAUGACGAUUUCAUACGAGAAUGUGAUCACAUUAUGGCGGGAAUGUCGCUUGCGACGCAGCUGGACCUCAACAAUAUCGGUAGGAAAGAUGCAAGGUUAAACGAAAACAUAUCGAGAAGCAGCCUGGCAGUAGCAGAGACGGCUCAACGAGACGGAAGUCUUAUGAAGUCUAUUGCCGUUCUCGGAAUGAUCUAUCUACCAGCGACAUUUGUUUGUACUUUCUUCUCAAUGGGAUUCUUCCAAUGGAGAGGGCAGGGCGACAAUACGACGACAGUGUCACCAGAUUUUUGGGUCUUUGGGCUUGCUGCAGUAGUUUUUACACUGUUGACGGUGGGUAUAUUUCUGGCCUGUACAAUGAACAGGCGCAACAAAAUGAAGAAUAAACUGCACGUCGUUUAA